ACUCAUUUGGCCAGUCACGGGGCCAAAAACCAGUGUUUGGAGCCACAGUGUGGCGCGGUGGAGGCAGCAGCAAUGGGAGGCCAUACAGCAACCUAUGACAAAAUGGAAACCAGCAGGAGUGUGAGGAGACCUGAAAGUGGCACAUGGCAGAGUGGGAGCAAUGGGAGGCGGUACAGGGACCCAGGUCACACUGUGGGCCCAGCAGCAGCGUGACCAGGCGGUACGGGGGCCCAUGGCAGAUUUGGGGCCUGGCAGCACCUAUGGGAGGCCUGUAAUCUGCCAGCAACCUAUGACAAAAUGGAAAACCGCAGGAGUGUGAGGAGACCUCAAAGUGGCACAUGGCAGAGUGGGAGCAAUGGGAGGCGGUACAGGGACCCAGGUCACACUGUGGGCCCAGCA